GAUCUGUAUAGACCUCACGUUGAAUGCAUGUAUGGGAUGUUGGAGAGCGAUGAAGGCAGUUAGCAGUUACAAAUCAGGCUACGCGGUUGCAACCAAUAACAGGCACUACACGCAGCACUGAUAAUACUACUCUACAUGGAGGAUCGAGAUUGGGCUGCUUCCUACAGCUUAUACGUGACUGACUCUUCGCAUCUUCACAUGGUGAACUGAACCCCUGCUCUCACCACACAUGGAUAAAGGGUGGUUUAUUGGACUUGAGAGGAUUCCUCCAGCACAGUCUGAGCAGAGGAGGUCGUGUGUUACUAUUAACCUGACUGAAAUGCUCCGGGCUGACAAGCCUAAUGUGCAGAAGAAGCCAGUUCCAAUCCGUCCCCCGAGCCCCAGAGUUUCGUUCCCAAAACAACAGUUUCACCGCAGUCUCUCCUGUGAACCUACGCCUAAACCCAUCAUCCGUCAGCGGUCGCACUCGCUGCCUUCUGCCACUGACAAGAAAAAGCAGUGCAGAAGUGUUGGCGUACGGUUUGUUGACUCUUUGGGACUGGACCUGGAAGACGUCAAGAUUUUUAAAUCGGGAGAGGAUCCACUUGUGCCCCAUCAUGUUACCUUUAGACUGUUGAUGAGUGCAGAGAUGGCAGAUGGAAGGCAUAUGGAGAUUUCUUUGCCAUACCUGAAGCCAGCAUUUGCCCAGCAACCUGGAGACCAUCCAGGAUUCCUGCAUCGUCUCCAUGAGCAGAAAGUUUGUCUUGAAAGAGUCUUGUGUUUUGAGUUGGGGGUCAUCGGAAUCACCCAAGUCCUCAAUUUGGACUUUGAGAAAGAUGUGACGGCUCGUUAUUCUUUUACAGGAUGGAAGAGUUGUGCAGAAGCUAAGGCCUCUUGGGUGUCCAGCAUCACUAAGAACUGUGAGGGCAGAAUGGGCCAAAUCAGCUGCGAUACAUUUCGUUUUCAUCUGCCUGUACCUCCAUUCCUGCAACCAGAAGCAGUGUUAGAGUUUGCCAUUCAGUACAAAGUCUGUGGUGCUGAGUACUGGGACAACAACGAUGGAAAGAAUUAUAAAUUAAUUUGCAAGAACUACAAGCUCUCUGUGCCCAAAGAAUGCGAGGAUAGCAUGGUGCACUUCACUUAGUUAGUAUGCACACAAAAGGGAGAAGAGUUUGAGCAUUAGAACACUUAAUGAUUACAUGUAGCAAUAUCUAUACAAAAAACACUCGGUAAACACAUCUGUCAAGGCCGUUUGGGGUCAUUUUUGCAAUUUUUAACCAAUCUGCAUAAAAAAAUACGUUUUUGAGCGUGCUAUAGCUUGCCAUAAAAUCCUUUGGGAUUUGUCUUUUUGGGGGGUAUUUUAUGUGUAAUGUUAAUGGCAAUAAGAUAAAAUGCACUGAUGGAGGCAUAACUACACACAGGAAACUGUUGAUGCUCUUAGUAGUGCUGGCAUAAUAGCAGUUUGAAUAAAACACACACACACACAAGUGCACUUACACCUGGUGCCAGCUUUACUGCCACUUGUAUUUUUGUUUGUAAAAAUUGCACUGAAUUGUUAUAUUUUCCUAAUAAAAGUUGCACUUCAGUGUGGGAACAUCCCAUACAAAAUUUUUGGGUUAAAAUGAAAUUAAUGGACUUCACAGUCCAGGCUUUCUACCAGCUGGAUGUUGGUCUUCUGGACCGGUUUGCUGAGUUUUCAGGAUCUGUAUUUGGAAGUCAAAUGUUGUCAAAACAUGCCAUAGAUACAGUGUACAUGUUUCUCAUGUGCUAAGCCAUAUUUAGCUUAUGAAAUGCAGGAGUCCUGCAUCUCAAAUGGGCUUGAAGAUGCCUUUCUAAAAAAAAGCUGUUAUGUAUUUUCCUAAUUACAGAAUACUCUAACAAACAUAUUUUGUAAAUAUUUCAGCUAUAAGAGAAUAAAUGACUUUACUCUCAAGGGAAAUGCAAUAUUUUAUAUUUGCAAAAGUGACAGAUUCUAAGUAGCAGUAGGCCUACCACACUGUGAAAAUACCCACUACCAGCUAAAAUCCUGUAUUCUAAAUCUUACUUAGGUGUGAAUAUGCAAGUAUUAUCGCGGGAAACAUGCUUCCUGAUUGUGUUUUCCUUUUAUAUGUGUUGUUGUUGUUGAAUUGCUGUUGCCCUGAUACCUGUGUGUAUUGCAUUUCACUGCUGUAAUGUUGAAAAUGGGGCUAAGUUUAAUUGCUGCUGCGUAGUUUAUUGCAGAACAAUGGGUUCUAUAGGAAGAUGUUAGUAGGGUUCCCCAAAAAUUGAUUCUGUUCAUCUAGACGUAGCGUUUUCAGUUAGUAGUGUUGUUGUCUUGUCAGAAAAACAACCAUGUUUUUAGCUUUGUAAGUUUUUUUUUUUUUUUAAAGGUGUUUAAAUACACUAUGAGGACAAAAGUAUUGGGUCGCAUGUCUCACUCUUUGAAUUCAUGUGUAUAAAACCAAGCAUCCAUAGCCAUGUGUUCAAGCUUAGCAAACUUUUGUAAAAUAAUUGGUAGGUUUGAAGAGCUCAAUUUGAAUUUGAGCGUUGUAUUGUAAUAGAAUGCCACAUUUUUAAAGAGUCAUUUCCUGGAAAUUUUUCCCACCUAGAUAUUCCAACAUUAACCGUAAGAGGUAUUUUUGAAAAGUGGAAGUAUUUAGAAACCACAGCCACCCACGAAGUGGCAGACCAUAUAAAGUUACACACCGGGGUUGCUGAGACUUGAGGCACAUGGUCCCUAAAAGCUGGCAACGCUCUGCUGACUCAGUAAGUGCAGAACUCCAAAACUCCUCUCGCACUAACAUAACACCAGGCGCUUCUUGAUAUGGGUUUCAUGGCCAAGCAUCUCCUGUAGGUGUAGUUUAUCAGGAAGAUAUCAAGUUAAAAACCACAGUAACUGAUAAAUAAAGCAGUCAGACAACUGUAGUAGAAAAGAAAGUUUAAAAAUGUGAACAAAAAUAAGUACAAAUACUUACAGUUUACCCUUUAAUAUUACUUACUAUACCGCAAAACAGAAAAAAAAAAAUCUAAACAUGGUUCUCUUGUCCCUGGUGAAUAAGCAGAUCUAUUUCAAAUCAAUCAGACUAAAGAGCUGCUGAGCAACAGUGCCU